AUGGAUAUUGGACUUGGACAGAUUAUAGGGCCGCCGAGUGGUGGCGCGGACGACCAGGACGGGGGCGCACUAGCAUCGCCGCCGCCGCUGGACGCCGCUCCCGUCUCCGAUUGCGGUGAUGGCCUCGCCCCGUGCAGCUUCGCGAUGACCUUGUCCCUCGACGCCCACCUCUCCGCAUCCAUAACCUCCUCCUCCGACGGCGAGGACCGCAUCAGCGCGCUCCCCGACACCCUCCUCUGCAACGUCGUCUCCCACCUCCUCGUCAAGGAUGCCGCCCGCACCGGCGCGGGCUCUACGCGCCACCCCGCUCGCCCUCGACGACGCCCACCUCCUCCCGCCCCUUCCGCGCCGUCCGCAUCGCCGAGAUCCGCAUCGGCGGGUCCAGCGAGGACGACUUUCCUCGCGCUCACGGAGUGGCUCGGCCACCUCGCCGACAAGGGUGUGGAGGACCUGACCCUCGGCAACCGCCCCUUCUCCUUCGACGUGCUCGUGCAGCAUCCCGUGACCCUCCUCCGCUGCGGGGCCUCGCUCCGCCGCCUCUACCUCGGCGUAUGGCUCUUCCCCUUCACCACCGACCUCCCGCGCGGCCCCGACGUCUUCCCCAACCUCCAGGAGCUCGGCCUCUGCCACGGCAUCACGGAGGAGCGCGACCUCGAGUACGUGCUGGCCUGCAACCCCAAGCUGGAGACCCUGGCGCUCGUCUCCAACUACGGCUACCCCGACCGCGUCCGCAUUGGCAGCCGCAGCCUCCGCUGCAUGCUGCUCUGGCAUUCCCUAGCGGACGAGGUCGCCGUCGUGUCUGCCCCAAGCCUGCAGCGCCUCAUUAUCUACUGCACGCACACCAGUGUGGCUGACGGGGUCAUCAAGGUCAAGAUAGGCCAUGCUCCCCAGCUCGUCGUGCUCGGCUACUUGGACACGGCCACCCAGCAGCUUGAGAUCGGCAACACCAUCAUCAAGGAUGGGGUGACAAAUGUUUGCCCGAAUACAGUGCUUCCAAGCGUCAAGGUGCUAGCUCUCAAGGUCCGUUUCAGAGUGCCUAAAAAAGUCAGAACUUUGCUCUAUUUCUUGAGAUGCUUUCCUGGAGUAGAGACCUUACACAUCAUGGCUGUGAAUAUGUGCGUGCGUGAUAGCGAAGAAGCCGUUGUUGGAGGGGUCAUGCCCAGCGCCUUGAUGUCCAGCACCAAGCUCACACUUGAACAGCAGGAUGAGGUGGCGCAGGCGGAAGCAAAUGACAACUCCUUCCUAAGCUCCAAUGAGAUUAAUAGCACAUCUGUCAAAUUAGACAAGGUAGAUACAUUGGAUGCAAGAGCUGAUGAGAUUGCUUGUGAAACUAAAGUAAAACAUGCUAGAUAUCUGUUGCACUACCUGGUGCCUUGUUUGAGUGACCUGAACAGGGAUCAAAUGGUUGAGAGAGAAAUUGAGGCCAAAAUUCAAGGAUUGGAAUUGUCUGAACUGAGUGUUGAACAGGCUGACUGCCGGAAUGAUGAGAGGAUGUUCUGUGACAAUUGCAGAACUUCGAUCUUUGAUCUGCAUAGAAGCUGUCCAAACUGCUCAUAUGAAUUAUGCAUUGCGUGCUGUAAGGAGCUUCGUGGAAAUAAUCUAGAGGGCUCUUGUCGGGAAGAGCUGGUGUCUUAUCCUAAUAGAGGAAUCAACUAUAUGCAUGGUGGUGAUCCAUCGCCAGAGUUGAUAAACUGCGCACAACCAGACUUUUCCAGUUGCCAGCCUAAGACUACCAAGUGGUGUGCUAAUACUGAUGGGACUAUAAAUUGCGCCCCACCUGAACUUGGUGGUUGUGGUGAUAUUUCCCUUAAGUUGAGGCAGAUGUUUCCAAAAGAUUGGUUAAAUAAUCUCGAAAGGGAUGCUCUACAGUUGAGUAAGCAACUUGAACCUUCUGAUAUUGUCAGCGGAUAUACACAUGAAUGUCCAUGUUGUAGUAAACAUGAAAAUGCAAGGCAUGCUGCCACCACAGAUAAUUCAACAGAUAACUGCCUAUACUGUCCAAAAUCAGAUAAUGAGAAAGCAGAUGAUCUAACUCACUUCCAGAGUCACUGGGUGAAAGGAGAACCUGUUAUUGUUCAACGGGUACUACAGAAAAUACCACAUUUGAGCUGGGAGCCAGCCCAAGCAUUGGGACCAGCUAUACUAUGCUCUGCUCGCUGGAAAAUACACAGCACGCGCAUUUGGGCCAGCCCAUGA